UUAAAAAUAAUGUUUUUGAAUUAAUUGGGAGGGUUUUUUUUUUUUUUUUUUUUUUGGGGUGGAGGGUAAUUUUAGUUAUUUGUGUUUUUUUUAUUAUUUAUGGCGUUAAUUAUUGAAUAAAACGGAUUAAAAAUUAUUUGCAAAUUUCAAAAAAAAAAAAAAAAAAAAAAAAAAAAAAAAAAAAAAAAAAAAAAAAAAAAAAACUAUCGUUUGGAGAAUGAAGAAGAUUAAUAUGAUUUAAAAGAGCCGUGAGGACAGUGAAAACAAAAAUGCGAAUAGGUGUGAGGGAUGAGUCAGGUGAAUUAGAAUCGGAAGUGAGGAAAAGGAAGAAGAUGUUGGUAGAGGAGGUGAGAAGGAAGUGAGAACUUAAAAAAAAAAAAUAAAUAAAUAAAAGAAAAGAAAAAAGAAAAAAAAAAAAGGAAGAAAAAGAGAAAAAAAAAUCGAAAGGGAUUCCAAGGCACAUAUAUAUAUAUAUAUAUAUACAUAUAGAAAUAUAUAUAUCAAGCAGUGGGAACCGGGCGAGAAAUCGCUCGUCGGUUAUGCGCUCAAAUUAUGCGUCUCGCGCCUUGGAGCAGCGGCGGCGGCGUCAACGCCGGUGGCGGUGGCGGCCGCGGACCAUCGGCACGAAGAGCGCCAACGCUGUCAAACGUUUGCGCUCGUUGAUAAUUUGCCGGAUUUUUUCAUUAAUAAUUUCAUGUCCCAACAAUUGGCAACAAUUUAACAAUUAUAAUAAUAUACAAUAUUUACAUUGUGAACGACAUUUUAUUAUUCAGGACCUUGCCCUCAAGGCUUCUUCUCUUCGAAUCACACCUCCGACGGACGCCCUUGAUACAACUUCACAAGAGGAACUUGAUACGAGGCAAGAUUGAGAGUGUGUUUUGUGUUGUUUUUUUUUUAUUGUGAAUUUUCCUGAACGCAAAAAAGGAAAACCAAAAAAAAAAGAAAAAAAAAAGUGAAAAUUUUACCCUUUAUCCCCAAGUGAAUUGUGACUAAUAUUUAAGUGUUGAACGAAGAAAAAAAAAAGAAGAAGAAAAAAUCGACGUUUUUUUUUUUUUUUUUUUUUUUUGCAGAAACAGUGAUUCUGUAAGCGAUUGUGUUUAGAAUUUCAUAGAUAGACACAUACACAGGACCAGAAACGGAAAUUUCUCUCAGCACCUUCUUCCCCUUUUCGAAGGAGCUGUUGAUCUGUCAGCACUGCAACGCAGGAUUGACAGAGCUAGUCAUGUCAGUGGUGGAACGAGACGGAAAACAAGAAUUCCAAAUGAAAUUGAGAGGAUCGGAUCGAAGGUCCCGAUCGAGAUUCCGGAUCGAUGGAUCGUCGUCUUCAUUUUGAGAUAAGAGUGAACGUCAAGGAGCUGAAAAAACCAAAGCCGGGACAACACUAAUAAUAUAUAUUUAUAUAUAUAUAUAUAAACAAAAAUAUAUAUAUAAAAAAGGAAACAAAAAUAAAAAAAAAGAAAGAAACGAAAAAAAUAAUCAAUUUGCCGAGGAUCGAUUUUUUAAUCGUCGAUCCGCGCGCUUCACAGCAACGGCCUUUUCGCUGGCCUGGCCAGCUACUAUGCGAAUUGAAGCUCUCAGCGCACUCGUCGCGGUGGUUUGGCUGACCGCAAUCCUGUGCCCGCGGCUCAUUGCCGCCAAUAAUUUGACGCUCAACUUUUCUUCUCGCCGAUCAAAAGAAAUUCAUUCUAGAGGUCACAUCUCUCGUUGGACAGAGCCUCAGGAGGAGGUAAUGAUGAUGACGACGACAAUAAAACGUAUGACAUAUCGAGAGAUGCAAAAUAUAAUAAGAUUGGAGGGCGGUGAGGAUGGUGUUGCUGUUGAUUGUUGUCCAACAAUUGAGGAAAUGUCCGAACCAGUUGGUGGUCGCAAUCGUCAAGAUAUGUACGUUGAAUUGUAUCGUGAUGGUGAAAAUGCACAACGUUUCUUUGAAUACUCAUGUCGACCCGAUGUACUCGAUAAACCAUGUCGAUUUAUUGAUCGAAAAUUAAAUGAACAAUCAAGAUGCGUUCAACAAUUCUCCUAUUCUUAUGCAAUUAUUCAAAGUUCUGAAAUUAAGGAUGGAGAACACACGAGGCAUCAUCAUCGGCAACAUCAUUUUCCAGCGUUUCCCGGAAGUGCAGCGGCAAGUGGCUCAUCUUGGACAUUGGAUUAUAUUAAAGUAAGAAGUGGUUGCAGCUGUGAAAUUACGCCCAAACCGAAGAAGAAAAAAUUUGCGGCAAUGAAAGCCAAACGAACAAGAAGCAAAUCGCGACCGUCUCGUGACGAUUUAAAUGAUUAAUUAAAUUAAUUACUAUUUAAUUAAUUUUUAAUUAAUUAAUUACUAUUUAAUUAAUGUUUAAUUAAUUAAUUACUUUUUAAUUAAUUUAAAAAAAAUUAAUUAAUUAAAUUAAUUCAAAGAAAAAAAAAAAUUGCUUCUCUCUGCCAAAAAGAAACAAACACACGAAAAAAAAAGACUAUUAUUUCGCGAUAGUGCGCUAGUUUUAUAUCGCUGUUAAUUUUUUUUUAUAAAUAAUUUUUUUUUUUUUAAUUAUUUUUUAUUAUUUAUAUCCAAAUUAUACAUUUAUUAGACGUGCGGCCAGUUCAUUUUUUAAUAAAAAUAAUUCUAAUAUUCUCCCACUCCCACCCCCUGAAGAAAUUAUUUCUAGCCAAAAAAAAAAAGGGGGAAUUUUUAAUUUUCUCAAGAAUUUUAUUAGAGAAAAUUAAAAAAUAAACGCCCCUUGGAAAUAAUUUCACUUUUUGACACGAGUGUAUAUUGGAUUAUCGCUCUAAAGGCGGUUUUUUUUAGCCCCUUUUUAAGGACUAUAAUCUUUACAUCCGUGUUUACCAAAAAAAAAAAAAAAAAAAUGCCUAUAAAAAGGCGCUGAAAAUUUUUUUUCUCUUUUUUGAAUUUUAGAAAAAGAAGAGGAAAUUUUUUUUUUCUCUUUCUACAAUUAAAAAAAAAGGAAAAUGUUUCUCUUUUUAGAAUUAAAAAAGGAAAAAAAAUUUUUUUUCUCUUUUUAGAAUUUCAAGAAAAGGCAAAAUUUUUCUCUCCUUUUAAAAAUUCCAAAAACAAAAAAGGAAAAAAUUUUCUUUUUUAGAAUUAAAAAAAAAAAAAAGAAAAAAAAAAGUAGAGAGGCCUUUGAAACUCGUUACCACGUGAAACUGGACGUCGAUUUUAAAGAAAAGAAAAAAAAAUAAAAAAAAAAAACAUGACAAAAAAAAUAACCCCGCGUAGUGUAUUAAAAAAUAAAAAAAAAAAAUUGUAUUGUUCUAGGUCUCUAUUUAACGAUUCGUGUUAUCGUUAUUCGUGUUCUAAUUUAUGUAAAAUAUAUAUAGAAAAAGAAAAAAAAUACGCUCCGCUACAAAUUAAUUGCAGAAUAGUCGAAAGUCAUCGAAAAACGAAAACAAAAAAAAAAAGAAAUUAUAUUAAAGAGUAGAAAAAAAAGCGAAUCUAUGUUUAAUAUAUUAUAUAAAUAUAUAUAUAUAGUCAAUGGCAGGGAAUGAUAAAAAUUCUCGUUUAGAAAAAAGAAGCUUUUUCUGCCUUUUUAGAAUUUUGUUUUUUUCAAUUUUUUAUUUAUUUUAUUUUUUUUUUUUUUAUUCGCUUUCUGUGUAUAUUAUUACAGGUAAAUUUUACGACUUUUGCAAUUCUGUACUGCCAUGUAAACUUUGUACAUAAAAACGACAUUAACUAAAAAGUAAAUUUUUUUUCUUGUUUGGUUUUUUUUUCAAAAAAAAAAAAAAAGAAA